AAAAAAGAGGCCAGCUUCAAUAUUAGAAGUCACAAUUACAAACGAAUUCAGUUGCAUUCCGAGCUUCAGCACCAAAUGGCUCAUAAAGCUAUGGUGCGUUUGGGUGCGGUUUUGGUCAUUCUGUUGAUUGCUUUUGUUGUAGCUGAGGGAUCUCCUAAACCAAAGGCUAAGAAAGUCAAGUGCCAAGACAAGAAGUUCUACAAGUGUUACCACAAAGAUCUCUACUGCCCAGCAGCAUGCCUCCGCACUUGUGUUGUGGAUUGUAAAAAAUGCAAAGCUGUUUGUAAGGCGCCGCCUCCCCCACCACCACCUCCUCCACCGCCGCCACCCAGACGUAAGUGGCGCUACCCACCCCCUCCUCCCCCAAAGAGUUAUCACCGCUCACCGCCUCCUCCUCCCAAGACUUAUCCAUCACCACCACCUGCCCCUUCAGUUGUUCUUACUCCCCCUCCUUCAACUACAACAACUCCACCUCCGUCACCCCCUAUCUCCACCCCGUCGUCACCACCGUUGCCUCCUACUACUACCCCAUCACCACCGCCAUCCCCUAUUCCUACCCCGUCACCACCGUCUUUGCCCCCUACGUCUACACCGUCACCGCCACCACCCCCUACUCCUACCCCGUCAACCGCGCCACCCCCUACUCCUACUCCAUCACCACCGCUGCCUCCUACUCCUACCCCAUCAGUACCUUCUUUGUAUCCUCCCCCACCACCGCCAUCAUCAGAGGCCGCGGGUGAAAAGAGGGUCAAAUGCAAGAACAAGAACUACCCUCAUUGCUAUGGUCUGGAGCUAAGUUGUCCUAGUGGGUGCCCUGAGCAAUGUGAGGUUGACUGCGUUACAUGCAGUCCCGUUUGUAACUGCAACAGGCCAGGUGCAGUGUGCCAAGACCCCAGAUUCAUAGGUGGUGAUGGUAUAACCUUCUACUUUCAUGGCAAGCGAGACCAAGACUUCUGCCUCGUUUCUGAUUCCAAUCUGCACAUCAACGCCCACUUCAUCGGCAAAAGAAACAAAAAUAUGGGGAGAGACUUCACUUGGGUCCAGUCUCUAGGUAUCCUCUUCAACAACCGCAGGCUCUUCAUUGGUGCCAAACCAACCUCCACCUGGGAUGAUACCGUCGACCGCUUAACCCUAGCCAUUGACGACGAAACCAUCAGCCUUCCCCACAACGAAGGCGCAUACUGGCAAUCGCAAGGACUCAGCAUCACAAGGAGCAAGAACACAAAUGCUGUAGAAAUCAAAGCCGAAGGGAACUUCAAGAUCAAAGCUAUAGUGGUGCCGAUAACGGAGAAAGAGUCAGUGAUACACAAGUAUGGGAUUACGCAGGAGGAUUGCUUUGCUCACCUGGACUUGAGCUUCAAGUUUUAUGCACUAAGUGAAGAAGUGAAUGGCGUGUUAGGGCAGACGUACGGUGAGAACUAUGUGAGUAGGGUUAAAAUGGGUAUUGUGAUGCCUGUUUUGGGUGGCGAUAAAGAAUUUGCAUCGUCUAGCAUCUUUUCCUCUGAUUGUUCUAUUGUUAAGUGUUUUAUGUUUUGA